AUGGCAAGCUUGAUAGUUUCUUGUGUGGCUGCAUUGAUGUGCCUGGUGGUUAUUACUGCACCCAAGGCAGAGGCUAUAGUCACAUGCGGAGCGGUAACCGGUGCCCUUGUCCCAUGCAUUGAUUAUCUUAAGGGUGGUCCUGGUCCUUCACCAGGAUGCUUUGGUGGAGUGAGGAGACUUAACGCACAGGCAAAAACUAUCCCCGACCGUAAGGCCGCUUGCAACUGCUUGAAAGGUGCUGCUGGUUCCAUUCGAGGUUUGAAUGCCAAGAAUGCUGCUACUCUUCCUGGUAAAUGUGGUGUUAAAAUUCCUUACAGGAUAAGCACCUCCACCAACUGUGCGACCAUCAGAUUCUAA